UAAGAAAUGUCGCAAAAAAAAUUUAAUCCGAAACAAAAAUCGACUCCUCUCAGAAGAUCACGUUCGACAACCAGUCUUGGAAUUAGUUUUAAUGAACAGUUAAAUUUACGUGACACCAAAUCAUAUUCAGGACAGAUGGAUGAUACCAAAAGUGUUAGCUCAGAGGAGAAUGAGAUCACUCCUAGAAAAACUCCUGACUUGUCACCUAGGGGAGAAUCAGUUAUAAUUGAAGAGAUAGAAACUAUGGAUAGGGUGCUCAAUAAGAUAGUACGAAUACCAGCAAAGAUAUUAUUGGAGCGUGGAAGGAGUCAUAUGCUACACGAGGUGGCCCACACUUGGAAAAAAGACUGCAGAAUGUGGUUGUGGAAAAACAGCCUAGAAAUGAAGAGCAAGAGAUCAAUUGCUGAUAAACUGAUUGGUGGGUCUAAAUGUAAUAAAUACGUUUGAAAAUUG